AUGAAGUACGCUGUUAUCCCACUCGUUUUUGCCGUAGGCUCUUCAGCUUUGGCCAUCCGCCAGAGCCAGCAAUGUGUGCAGCUCCGAGCUUCAGGAGGUGCGUCAGGUACUCUCGGCCAGCUAUCCGAUGGACAGAAUCGCGUUGGUGGGGGGCACGAGGCUGCUUGCUACUGCCUCGACGGCAGUGGCGGCUUCACGGACAGCAAUGGCCGUGGCUGUAUCCUUACCCCUCCCACGACCCAAUUCCAGUGUGAUGCUGGUGCCAGCCCUACCAAUGGAUUUUCCAUCAAUGGAGGCUCGGUCGCAUAUAACGGAAAUUCGAAGUUCUAUGCCUGCCCUGUCAACGACAACGGCGAGUACAACGUCUACACUCAGCCUGCCCCUGGCCAGGAGAAGUGUGUCGAGAUUACUUUAGGUGCUGGCCAGUCUUGCGGUGCUGGCAAUGGCGGAGGUGCCUCUCAGUCUGCAUCCCAGCCAGCUCAAUCUCAACCUCCCAAUGCGUCCCAGCCUGCUGCAUCCCAGCCAGGCUACUCCGUCCCUCCAAGGGAGUCCCAAACGCCAAAGGAGUCGCAGCCUCCCGCGCCUUCGCAGCCAGGCUAUUCUGUUCCCCCGCAGCAGCCUCAGCCGCCAAAGGAGUCGCAACCUCCUCCACCUUCGCAGCCAACUCCUCAGCCUCCUAAGGAAUCGCAGCCGCCGAAGGAGUCUCAACCUGCACCCUCGAAGCCAGCUGCUUCCCAACCAGCUCAGUCUGAACCUGCACCAUCUCAGCCAGGCUACUCGGCUCCUGCUCAGUCCCAGCCUGCCCCUUCAAAGCCAGCUCCUUCACAGCCAGCCCAGUCUAAGCCUCCAUCCAACGAUAACGAAAAUGGCAACGGUUGUCCUGCAGACUUGAAUGGCGAAUACCAGUAUCCCCACCUGAUCGUCCCCGUCUCUGCUUCUCAGCCAUCCAACGCCCCUGGCACAUCAUACAACGGCAAGGCUAACGGUGACGUCUGCUCUGUUUUCAACUUCGACAUUCCCAAGUCAUACUCUGCAAAGAGCUGCUCCCUGAUCUUCCUCUUCCCGGAGCAGAUGGAUCUUGAAACAUCAAGCUAUACAAUCUCCGGUUCCGGUGGCCUUGAGUUCUCCAAGUGCGAGACCAACGCUAACAACAAGACUUCUUGGGAUAACAAGGGCACUUGCACGGCCGUGAAGACUGUGGAAAACGUUACUCCUGGCAACUCCUACACUAUUGUGUCGGAAUCCUGCCCUGCUGGCGAGACUGUGACCUUCCAGAUGUGCGCUACUGGAGGAUUGUCUUUGGACUACUUCCAAGACUACAACCCUUCGCCCAUUGGUGCGUACGUCCGCGAGUGCUAGAUGUAGCUCAUCAGCCGUGGAAUUUCAAACGAUACAUCAAGGAUGAAAAAAAUCGAUCGAUUGCAUGGCAUGGUAACGAAUGCGCUGGGAACCGUCUUCUUGUGUAUCAUUCGCCUCGACCUUUUUACUGAUG